AUGAUCAGUGACGAGCAACUGAACUCCUUGGCGAUACUGUGUGGCAUUGUUAUGUUCACCCUGAUACUUGUGUAUCAUGCCAUAUUUUCCAGCACUAAGAAGAGUGUCCUGAAGGCUACUUAA